AUGCUUCUAAUUUUGUUUUUUGAUUUUAUAUUCAAUUGUAGUGCUUUGGAAAUGUCGCUGAUCUUCAGUCGUAAAUUUUCCAUGGUAUUCAUUCUUUAGGUCAUUUGAAUAAAAAUCGUUGUUUUUGAACCGUUAUAAUUAAUUUUGAUCAGAAUUCUAAUCGAUAUACCAGUCAGAACGAUCGAUCUCACUUGAGGACAUCACCAGGUGACUUUUUAGCUCCUCACGGACUUGAUGUACAGUUUCUAUCGUCUUGAUUCAAAGGUCCUCCUCUCCAGUUGUUGCUGUGGCAUGUGUGUGGCUCGUGUUGUUAGAGUAAUAAGUUUAGGAUUUUCUCGCUACUUGCCACAUCUCAACUUUCACUGGUUCUACUCUUGCCACUUUUCUUGACCUUCCGCAGACACACCCGUGGCCAGAUGCUACGGCUGAGGAAAAACCCUUUUAGUGGGGGAAAAUCCACCUGCAGAGGGAGAACCAAAUAUAUAGCAAUAAAAUAGAUUGGAAUAAUUCGUGAGAAAAAAAAUGCUAAAAUAGAAAAUGCCCCAGAGAAAAAAGACAUACAGCCUUUGGAAAUAAUUACAGUUGUGCCAAAUCCCCAAGAAGCAAUCUCAGUUAACUGAAAGGAGGAAUAUUUAAUUCUUUUGUCCGAAAUUUAUACUUCUGCAAUUGAUUGACACAAAUGCAGCCACACAAAUCUCGAGUUUUGUAUUUCAAUGCACCAAAAUUCAUUAAUAUUGCUGGAUUUAUCAGAAGACCUUGAUAUUCAAUAUUUUCUUUCAAAAUACUGCCAAGACCAUUUUUUAGUGCAUUUAGUGUACCAAGAUGAAUUUAAAUACAUUGAUGACUCAGCCUAUUCCAUAGUCCCCUCAUUGUCAAGCCAAAAAACCGCAUUUUUAGCUUUAAUGAAUUAUUUUAACUGAACUAAAGGUGCUGUCUUUAACAAAAAAUCUUAUUCAGCGCUAAAAGACCAAUUUUUGUUAUUUUCUAAUGAUUUAAGUUUUUUAACUGUUGACUCAUUAACGAACAUUGAAGAUCUGAUAAGUCAAUCAGUUGUAAGGAUGGGUGCUACUCUUUAUUACCUUUGGACAAGCUCUUUAGAGUCACAGAAAAUACAAAAUGCUUUAAGCAAUUCAAAAUUAUUGCAAAAAGGAAGCGGUAUUUUGUUAAACCAAGAAAGUGGAUAUAAUUGCAGCGUCGAUGGGUCGUUAAUUAUUACUGAAAUUGGCAUGGAAUCUAUUGAAUCUUCUGAAGAGUAUUUUAAAACUUCUAUAAAAAAUAUAAUUAGCGUUAUAUUGGAUCACAAAAUUGAAAAUUACAAGGAGCUUCUCAAGCUAUUGGAUACUGAGCUGCCAAAUCAUUAUAAACGCAACAAUUUUUCGAUUGUAAAUAUACAAAACCAAAAAAGAAUUAUAGUCGGCUCAAUUGUAAAUAGAAAUAUUCAAAUAUUUGGAAACCUAAUAUUUCCAGGAAACACAAAUUCUAUUCCAGACUCAGCCAAAAAAAUUCUCCAUUUAAGUAUCACAGCAGGAACAACAAAUCCAGGCGGCUCCAGCAGUGACACUACAAAGCUGGCAGCAAUGGGCGCCUUUGCAGCGCAAGAUGAAAUCAAUGUAAAUGGUGAAAUUUUAGCAAACUUUCAGAUCGAUUUUUUUAACUUCGACUGUGGAGUGUCAAUUUUUAACGCAACCUUUGCAAGAGCUUGCUACAGCAAAGACAUUGAUAAGCUAGGACACGCACAUCUUACAGCUUUUGGAUCUUCUGUAGCUAUUGGCCAAUAUAAAACUUUUACAUACCUUAAUGCUACAAUUCCAAGCAUUGGAGGUGUAAAUGGAGAUGGCAGCUUAAGCUCGAUUCAGAUAUUUCCUUUCUAUGUAAGAAUGUUUAACCCUCUUAUGUAUAGUAAAUGAUCAAUGCUGCUUUAUUCUUUAGGAUGGAAAAAAAUAGCUGUUAUUUAUGAAAAUAGUUUAUGAGGGGAAGGAGUUUAUAAAACAUUAGACUCAACCGCAAAACAAGUAGGAUUAGAAAUAAUAAACCCAGAAAGCUUGAGACAUAUUCCUGGAAAUCUUGAUAGAGACACCGUAAAGGACUACAUAGACGUAUUUCAAGCAAUAGUAGAUUCUCAGGCAAGGAUGGUCGCUUUAUUACUUUUAUGUCCGCUCUGCAAUUAUGCCAUAGAACUCUUUUAUGAUUUGGGGUUGAAGAAUAAAGAUGUCAUCUUUUUAGCAGGGACUGGUGAUGUUUUAAACUGAAUCUCUACUAAAGAUGAAUAUAUGUAUAAAAGAGCAGAACUUGGGGUUGCUAUGAUGAGACUUAGUGUGCCUUAUUGAGUAGGAAAUAUAGGCAAAAGAGCACGUAGUGAAAUUUCAUUAAAGUAUAAUAUAUCAAUACCAAAUACAUUUGGGUGCUGCUAUUAUGACUCUACACUAAUUGCUGCGAAUGCACUAGAUUUCAUGAUCAAUAGAGGCUUAGAUUAUUCAGAUCCUUAUAAAUUAAUGGCUACCCUUAGAAAUACAAAAUUUAUUGGCUGCACUGGACCUGUUAGUAUCAGUAAAGGAACUAAUGAUAGAAAUUUUGAUUUUUUUUAUAUUGAAGCGAUUAAACUAGAUAAUAAUAGAAUUCCAUAUAUUUAUUUGGUUGGAAAUUUAUACCCAUUUGGGACACAAGUGAUCUCUUAUGCAAACCCUUUAAUAUAUUCAGAUGGUUCAACAAUAAAGCCAACAGACUUAAGAAAUGAGCUAGAUAAAUGUCCAUUUCCUGAUAAACUUGUGAAAACUUUUAAUAAAGGAAGAGGACUCCUAUUUGGAAUUUGCAUAACUGUAUGUUUGAUGACAGCUGCUAUAACUUUUAUCAUUUGAAAAAAAUGAUGGAACAUCUCUAUUGAAGAACUCAAAGAAAAACAAGAAAUCUCCUUUCAAGAUUUUGUAGUUGGGGCUACCAUCGCAAUUGAAUUUAUACAGUUUUCAAAUAUGGGGCCUGACUAUUCAAUAAUUGGAUCAUUUUUUUAUUCAAUAGGGAAUAUAUUUUCGAUGGAUUUAGAGGACGUGAUAAAGCUUAGAAAUGGGAUUUUUUGAAUCGUUGUUGAUGUAGUUUUUGGAGGAAUUGCUUUAUGAGUUAUACUAUGUAUAGUUGUUUUGCUGAGACUUGACGAAAAAUGGUCAUAUUUAUGAAUCUUUAAAUUUUUAGGAUGGCUUGGGGAUAUUUUGAUGCCGAUUUUGGGAAAUCUUUGCUUUAUACCUUUUGUAUCUGUUUGUCUUGAUAUUUUUGUGUGUGAUCAAUCAAUAAGUGAUGAUUUCACUGAUAGUUUUCUUGCUUCAGAUUGCUUUUAUUUCUGUUGAAAAGAUGCUCAUUUAUACUAUGCUAUCUUAUCAUGUUUUGCUUUAAUUGCUUAUGAGCCUUUAGCUGUUUUUUGUAGGCCUCUUUGGCAAGAGCUUCAACCUAUGCUUCAUGUAAAAACCCUCCCUCUAUUUUUGAUGGUAAAAACAGUGGUGCAAUCAAUUUUUAUAGGUUUAAAUAAAACUCUCAAAAGAUCUCAGGAUAUUGCACAUGGUGCUGUAUUUAUCCUACUUAUGAUUUGCUAUCUAGUGUUUGUAUUUAAAGUGCAUCCAUAUAAUUAUGGAAGAUAUAAUUGGUGGCAAGGCUUAAGCUUGGUUGGAGUUGUCUGGCUAAGCUUUUGAUCGACAAUUGCAAUUUGAAUGAAAGAUCAAAGCAUUUCAUAUGUAUUUUUGAUAAUCUUGGUAGUUGGAUGAAUUGCUUUACUCCCCCCCUCCGUGAGUGAACAAAAAAAUUUUGUUCACUCACGGAGGGGGGUUAAUUUUUUUUUUUUUUAAAAAAUUUAUAUAUAAAUUUUAUAAAAAAAAUAUUUUUUUUCGAAAUUUAAAAAAAUCCUAAUUCGCACAAAUUGGAAGCAAAUAUUAAUUUAAUUUAUUAAAUUUAUGUUUUAAAAAGCAAUUCAUUUAAAAUUAAACAGAAUUAGCUCUAGAUUUCAUUAUAAUUAUUAUCAUUUAUAUAUCAAAAUUGUUUUCCAUAAAAAAAUUUUCUAUUAAAACAAUUUUUGUUCACUCACGGAGGGUGGUUUUUUGGGCAAAAAAUAGCGAUUUUUUUCUAAUGGUUUUGUUCACUCACGGAGGGGGGGAGUUAGCAAUUAUUGGAUUUUAUGUUCAAAUUAAAAAAUAUCCAAGUCUCUUAUUUAGUCAGAAAUCCAGAGACACUAGUAUGCUCUUCAAAUUUGCAUUCACAUUUGGCAAAAAAUCAAAAGUCUCUUUAAGUAAAAUGAAAGAAAGUCAUGAGCAGCAAAAAAUUAUAGCAGUAAAUUAG